CUGGCUGCAAUCUGAAAACGGUGGGACUUAACUCCGCGGUCCGCGCCGCAGUGUCCGUCAAUUCUACUGUGUUUCGUUCAUCUGUUUGUUGCAUUUCCGAUUACAGUAAUGGAUUGGCACUGUGGAUUGGAUGCCCUUGAGUCACGGUUGAGGUUGUGCUAUUCUCGUUGUGAAGGAUUAGCCGAGAAUGUGAUGUCAUUUCAACGACUGUUUCGGCAAUCUGCUUCCCUUGCUUCCAAUGUUUUGCUCUCUAAAGUUUGCAUAAGUUAACUACCCCAGACUGAGGGCAAGUAAAGAAUAUAACCUUGUGGAUCUUGCGUUGUUUAGCAGCUAACCAUCAUAUAAGACGGUAACUAGUACCAAUUCUUUAUCAAAGUCAUGUAGUCCACACAACCUUGUUGGCCUUGUCGUCUUGAUAAUACCAAUGUGUUGCCAUUUGGGUAUAGUGUUACGGUUGAAGACACUGCAUUACUGUUUCCAACUCUGCCUGUGCUAUCUGUUUGAACAAUAUGGGUUCAAUUUGACUAGCUAUUAGUACUGCUUUACCUGGAUGCGGCUCUACUCAUCUGCACUCUGUUUGUGGCGAUCAAGCAUGCAUUACCAUCCUAAUCAGUUCAAAGGAGGCUUCACACAUAAUAUGGCCUUGUGGAAAUGCUCGCACUCACCUUCAAGCGUUUACCAUGUGAAAUCUUCUCAACCACAAAGUAUAAAGUACUUUGUAAGCUUGAUGGGCCAACAAUUCCGUUGUGGACUAUCAACCAGAGAGGGUAGUCUAAGUAUAAAGCUUGAUAUGCCUUCACACGAAAAGUCGAGGAUUGGCUGGAACUGGAAAGGUAUGCACCAGAAGCUUGGAGGUGUAGCUGGUGGACUUUGCUUUGGUUUUUCGGUUACUGGACUAGCAAGCGCUGAGGUUCCUAUCAUUAGAAUCAAUGACAAUGCUGAAACUUCAUCGUCAGCUACCAGUUUAACUCAUGGGAAUAAAGUGUACACAGAUUAUUCUGUCACUGGUAUUCCUGGAGAUGGUAGGUGUUUAUUCCGCUCUGUGAUUCAUGGUGCAUGUAUUAGAUCAGGGAAACCCAUACCUAAUGAAGACCUGCAGAGAAAACUAGCUGAUGAAUUGAGAGCGAUGGUCGCUGAUGAAUUUGUGAAGAGGCGGGAAGAGACUGAAUGGUUCGUUGAGGGAGAUUUUGAUACAUAUGUAUCGCAUAUUAGGGAGCCACAUGUGUGGGGAGGCGAACCAGAAUUGUUCAUGGCUUCCCAUGUUCUUCAGAUGCCAAUAACUGUUUACAUGCGCGAUGAAGAUGCGGGUGGUCUGAUAGCAAUUGCGGAAUAUGGUCAGCAGUAUGGAAAAGAGGACCCAAUCCAGGUCUUGUAUCAUGGUUUUGGCCAUUAUGAUGCUCUACAGAUUCCAGCAAAGAUUGGUUCAAAGCGGAAACUGUAGAAAUUGUUGAGUUCAAAAUUGUAAAGAGGCAAGGCUGCAGAAGGAUCUGGUUUGCUGGAACGGCUUCACCUUCAGGGCAGAGGUUCAUCAGAUCGACAUGCUACAUGGUGGGUGGGUGCAUGUGUUCCGUAAAAUAAUGGUAAAAAGGGUCACAUUAGACAUUGUAGUACACUGUAGUAUUUUUCGUUUGUUUAUGGUAAUUGUUGUUCUACUA